GCUUUCCCCUUGCCUCCCCUUGCUUGCACCUCCGUUGCAGCAGUUGUAUUAUUCCCCUGGUUUAGUUGCACAUAUUCCUAAUAAAAUGGCGGCAUUGAUCAGGAGGAUUAUCAGCACAACUAAGGCUCCUGCUGCUAUCGGCCCGUACAGCCAAGCAGUGGUGGUAGAUCGGACCAUGUAUGUCUCAGGACAGCUGGGGAUGGAUCCUGCAAGUGGACAGCUAGUGGAAGGGGGUGUUCAGGCUCAAACCAAACAGGCUCUUGUGAAUAUGGGUGAAAUCCUAAAAGCAGCUGGCUGUGGUUAUGAAAAUGUUGUUAAAACCACAGUGCUCUUAGCUGACAUGAAUGACUUUACCAGUGUUAAUGAUGUCUACAAGCAGUUCUUCAGCACUAACUACCCAGCCAGAGCUGCCUACCAGGUCGCUGCUCUCCCCAGAGGUGGACUGGUUGAGAUUGAAGCUGUUGCUGUAUUGGGUCCUCUGACCGAUGCUUCCUAACAAAUGCAUCUAUCAAACCAUGAAAACUGGAAAACCCAUAAUCGCUGAAAAUUAUAUAGAAUGUGCCUUGUUUUGUAGAGCAAUUAGGGGUUAAUUGAACAAAAAUCCCACUGAGCACUUAUUAUUUCUAUAAUACAGUAUAUUUAUCAUAUUUUAUAGAGGAUUAAGUGAUUUUGCAUAAUUGUCAUAAACAUGUAGUGGAGUAUCUUGCAGACUAACAGCAGCCAGGCUCGGACCACUUUCUCCUCUCUCAUUAACAUUGAUGAGACGUGUUUGGAGGCAACGCUGCAUUUUAAAUUCCCUCUGCUCACAUUUCACUGACAAUAGCUGAAAAGUAUCUAAGCUUGUUUGCUCUUAUUGAGUUACACUGCCAGCAGCCAGCAGUGUAUCCUCUCUCGCUGUGCCAGAGUAAGGAUGAUCAAAUAUAACUCAAUAAUAAAUGGUUUUAAUUUACGUAAAUGGUGAUUUUUUUUGUGAUACCAAUAAAACUAUAUGCAAAUUA